GUGACCCCACCCCGCUUCAAUGAAAAUGAUAAAAGAUGAAUCGAGCCCUAAUAUAUAAGCUAUCGCGCACCUCAUUCAGCUCGCCCCCUCCUUUGGCUCCUCUCUCUCUCAUCGAAAAAGAAGAUAAACAAAUCCGUCCGUUUAAUCGCCGCCGAGCAUGUCGGACGAGGAGCAUCACUUCGAGUCGAAGGCCGACGCUGGCGCAUCGAAGACUUACCCUCAACAGGCUGGGACCAUUCGUAAGAACGGUUACAUUGUUAUCAAAGGCCGUCCCUGCAAGGUUGUUGAAGUUUCGACUUCCAAAACUGGAAAGCACGGGCAUGCUAAGUGUCACUUUGUGGCGAUAGACAUCUUCACAGCCAAGAAGCUUGAAGAUAUUGUUCCCUCUUCCCAUAACUGUGAUGUUCCACAUGUCAAUCGCACUGAUUACCAGCUCAUCGACAUUUCCGAGGAUGGAUUUGUGAGUUUGCUGACUGAGAAUGGCAACACUAAGGAUGAUCUCAGGCUUCCAACUGAUGACAAUCUGCUUUCCCAGAUUAAGGAUGGAUUUGCGGAGGGAAAAGACCUCGUUGUGAGUGUUAUGUCGGCUAUGGGAGAGGAACAGAUCUGUGGUCUCAAAGACAUUGGUCCUAAAUCCUAAAUCAUGUGUUUUUUUCUUUUUUCUUUGCUUGCCAGGAGUGUUAUCCCCAUGAUUUUUAAGUUCUGUUUGUACCAGACAUGAUAUUUAUAUAUUGGUGAAUGACGGGAGGGACCUUUGACCAUCCAUAUAUAUUUCAGUCUCUGGAGACUAAAAUAUUGAUGGUUAUAACAAACACCCUCGACAAAUGGAAAGACAAAUGUCCUUUAUGUGGAUCAAUGUUGUGUUUUUAUUUUAUUUUGUUAUGUUAUUAUACUUUUUUUUGUUUUCCUUUCGAUGGGGAAUGUCUAAUGUAAGCCUGUUUUGUUAUGGUAUUGGGGUGAAUUUGAUUUGGUGUCAGUUGUCCUGGCUGGCUAUAUAUAAUAUGAUGAACUUUUUUACUCGUUUCUCUGAGGGAAUGAUGACAAAAGGUCUUCAUUUAAAGAAUAAAAAUAAAACAUUGCUCCAUUUUGG